GGAGAGCUUCAAAAUUCAAAACUUGGACCAAAUCAAGAAAAGUAGAAAACACCCCCAAACCCUUGUCUUCAAUUUUCAAAUUCUCUCUCUACUUUCUCUCUCAUCCAAUAAUAAUCUCCACCGUUCAAAUCUCAAACCUUCAAUUCCCUCUUUAAUCACUCCUUUAAUCACAUCACCAUCACCUCACCUUAAACUCAAACUCUUUCUUUCUUAUCAACCUUCAAAUUCUGCAAUUAGGUCAAAAUUUCAACAAAUUCAUAAAAAUUAGGGCUUGAUUACGAGUUUUCGAGUGUUAGGUGAUCAGUAUGAAUGCUGUAGGAAGACAGGGGCAGCGAUCUGGUGCAUCUGGAGCUCAUCAUCAGCGUCAGUACUCCGAUAACUUCUUAGAGGUCACUUCUUCAUCAUCUAAUGGCAGAUGGUUGCAGCAAUCAUCUUCUAAUAACUCAUCUCAGGACUUUGGUUACUAUGGUGUUGGUGGAGGAGGAGGAGGAGGUCAAGGUUCGAGAAUGUAUAAUAAUAGUAGGAGUGUUGGUGCGCAGAGGUCGGUAAGCGGUGCGACGGAUUUGUUUGCGGAGCCGUUGACGCCGCCUGCGCGGAAAAAGAAUGGCGGUGGCGGUGGUGGUGAGGAUCCUAAUGGCUACAGUCCUGGCCUGUUAGAUCUGCAUUCGUUUGAUACGGAACUUAUAUCUGAGGUGCCUGUAACUGGAACUUAUGGUGGCAGAAGCUUUGAUGAUGCAGAGACAUAUUUUGGGAAUAACAAACAGGCUAAUAAAGCUCGCGGUAUGCCAGACAACAAUGUUUUGAAAAGUUUUGCUCCAGAAAAGGAGAAGACGAGCAAUGUUGCUAAGAUCAAAGUUGUGGUGCGCAAGAGACCCUUAAACAAAAAAGAGUUAGCAAAGAAUGAGGAAGAUAUUAUUACUGUGGAGCCCCAUUCCAAUAGCCUUACAGUUCAUGAGACAAAACUCAAGGUUGAUCUCACUGAAUACAUGGAGAAGCAUGGAUUUGUUUUUGAUGCAGUGCUAAAUGAGGAGGUUUCUAACGAUGAGGUUUAUCAUGAAACCGUUGAGCCUAUUGUUCCGAUAAUUUUCCAACGUACUAAAGCUACAUGCUUCGCAUAUGGACAAACAGGAAGUGGGAAGACGUUUACAAUGAAACCCUUACCUUUAAAAGCAUCUAGGGAUAUCCUAAGGCUUGUGAAUCAUACAUACCGUAGCCAAGGUUUUCAGUUGUAUUUCAGCUUCUUUGAGAUCUAUGGCGGGAAACUUUUUGAUCUCCUCAGUGAUAGAAAAAAACUGUGCAUGAGAGAAGAUGGUAGCAAACAAGUAUGCAUCGUCGGCUUACAAGAAUAUAAAGUCUCAGACGUCGAAACAAUCAAGGAGCUAAUCGAAAGAGGCAAUGCAACAAGAAGUACCGGAACAACCGGUGCCAACGAGGAAUCUUCUAGAUCACACGCUAUACUUCAACUUGUUGUCAAACGAUCCGUUGAUGGAAACGCAUCUAAACCGCCGAGAGUUGUUGGCAAACUCUCCUUCAUAGAUCUUGCCGGAAGUGAACGUGGUGCAGACACCACAGACAAUGACAAGCAAACACGAAUGGAGGGUGCUGAGAUUAAUAAAAGCUUGCUUGCAUUGAAGGAAUGCAUAAGAGCUCUUGAUAAUGAUCAGGGUCAUAUUCCGUUUAGAGGCAGUAAAUUAACUGAAGUUUUGCGGGAUUCGUUUGUCGGAAAUUCUCGAACUGUUAUGAUUUCUUGCAUUUCGCCAAAUGCUGGAUCUUGUGAGCAUACACUUAAUACGUUACGCUAUGCUGACAGGGUGAAAAGCCUAUCAAAAGGGAACAAAAAAGACGCAUUACCUUCAAGUUUUAAGGAACCAACCGCAGUGUCGAUGUCUACUACUGUCUUACCGCGCGUUUCAUCCUAUGAAGAUAACAUGGUUGAUUCAUACCCUGAACAAGCUGAUGAAGAUGAUUACGAUACUACAGAAGAGUUCUAUGAACCUGAGCAGCCAUCAUGGAAGUAUAAUAAUAAUAACUACAAAGUUGAAGCGUAUAACUUUUCAAAUGCACAAGAGAAGAACCGGAUAAUCAAUGGUCAAACGAAGUCAAGGGAACCGCCUAAAUCUGAAUCUAGAAACUGGAACCCUGAUGAUGAGUUGAAUGCCCUUUUACAGGAGGAGGAAGAUCUUGUUAAUGCUCAUCGGAAACAAGUCGAGGAUACCAUGGAUAUCGUUAGAGUGGAGAUGAACCUAUUGGUGGAGGCAGAUGAACCGGGCAACCAGCUAGACGACUAUGUGGCAAAGUUAAACACACUUUUGGCCCAGAAGGCUGCAACCAUUUCACAACUGCAGAACCGUUUGGCGAAUUUCCAAAAGCGUCUAAGGGAGCAUGAUGUCCUAUACGCAUCUGGUCCCUAAACUGUAUAUAGGAUUUUAUAAGGUAUGAUGUUUGUAUUCAAGCCAUUUGUUGGCAUCAAAAUCUAUUUGUCUACAUGUGGUGGGGGCUCUAUACGGACACGCGGUAUUUGGGUUGCAACUUAUUCACCCUGGUUAUGGUCAAAUCUUGUAUUCAUUAUUGUUUGAUGCUUUGUAUACUCCAUAAAAAAUUAUUCAUUUUCAAUUUGUUUUUA